GCUCCCUGAGGAACCCUGUCCUCUCCGCUCCCCUGGUGCAAAGGGCUUCUCCCCUCCUGCCUGUCAGCCAGGUGACCCUGAUAAGGUCUGCAAAAAUCAGAGGCACACAAGGAGGCGGAGCCUUCUCACUGGGCUCCCGGGCAACCCCAGCGGGCAGCCCCUUCUGCCCAAGCCGCACCGAGUGUUACGACCCGCUGUGGACAGGGCGCCCAGUCCUGCCGUGCCCCUGGCCUGACACGAGGCCCGCCUCACUCCAAGAUGGUUGCUUUGGGGCUUGGAGCAUCUAGCCUUAGGGUGGCGGGGUCUGGACAAGGCCCCAGGGUCCCGGGGACCAGGUCCCUGAGUCCCCUCAGGGGCCUCAGCUCCUGGGUAAACAUUAAUGGGGCUCCAUACACAGUGAUCAUGUGGGCACCGGGCAGAUCCCUGGCCCUCAGCUGCUCCCGCUGAGCCUCCUCUUUGCCGCUACCCCUCACCACCCACGCAGAUCUGCCUCAGGCUUGGCCUCCCCCUGCCAUCCAUCCAUGCCGAACUCCCCAGCUGGUGGUCAGCUCCCCCUCCCCACUCUGAGCACGGUUGACUUGGUGGACUCGAGUCUGAGAAGUACAGGGAGCUCUGACUCUGCCGGGGGCCUGGAGGAGGGGGACACAGCCCCCCAGCGGAAGGACACCGGCCAGCUGAAAGAGUUCAGCACGGCCAGCAGGCUGUCCCAGGUGGCCGUCGGCUUCCUUAAGGUCUGCGGGCUCCUAGGCAGCCUCUACUUCUUCAUCUGCUCCCUGGAUAUCCUCAGCUCUGCCUUCCAGCUGCUGGGCAGCAAAAUGGCCGGAGACAUCUUCAAGGACAAUGUGGUGCUGUCCAACCCUGUGGCUGGCCUGGUCAUCGGCGUGCUGGUCACAGUCCUUGUGCAGAGCUCUAGCACAUCCUCCUCCAUUGUGGUCAGCAUGGUGGCCUCCAAAUUGCUGACCGUCCGGGCGUCCGUGCCUAUCAUUAUGGGAGUCAAUGUGGGCACGUCCAUCACCAGCACUCUGGUCUCAAUGGCCCAGUCUGGGGACCGAGAUGAGUUUCGGAGGGCCUUCAGUGGCUCUGCUGUUCACGGCAUCUUCAACUGGCUCACGGUGCUGGUCCUGCUGCCCCUGGAGAGUGCCACAGCAGUGCUGGAGAGGCUGAGUGAGCUGACCCUGCGAGCCGCCCACCUUCAGCCUGGCCAGCAGGCCCCCAACAUCCUCAAGGCGCUGACCCAGCCUCUCACACACCUCAUUGUGCAGCUGGACAGCACCGCCGUCAUCGGCUCCGCGACCGGCAACGCCACCAACCACAGCCUCAUUAAGCAAUGGUGCGGCAUCAGGGUGGAGACGGGAGACAGUGAAGAGUGUGACGCCUCCGGCUUCUGCCCUGAGAGAAACAGCACAGCCUUCCCUGAGGACAAGCUGCCCUGCCGUCAUCUGUUCGUGAACUCAGCACUCUCAGACCUGGCUGUGGGCUUCAUCCUUCUGGCAGGCUCCCUGCUGGUGCUCUGCACCUGUCUGGUCCUGAUCGUCAAGCUACUCAAUUCCCUGCUACGUGGCCAAAUAGCUGGGGCAGUGAGGACUGUCAUCAAUGCAGACUUUCCCUUUCCCUUUGGCUGGCUGAGUGGCUACCUGGCCAUCCUGGUGGGGGCCGGCCUGACUUUCCUGCUCCAGAGCAGCAGCAUCUUUACAGCAGCUGUUGUGCCACUCAUGGGAGUUGGGGUGAUCACCUUGGACCGCGCAUACCCCCUCUUCCUGGGCUCCAACAUUGGUACCACCACCACGGCUCUGCUGGCUGCCCUGGCUAGCCCUGCAGACAUGCUGCUCUUUGCAGUCCAGGUUGCUCUCAUCCACUUCUUCUUCAACUUGGCCGGCAUCCUGUUGUGGUACAUGGUGCCCGUCCUGAGGCUGCCCAUCCCCCUGGCCCAGCGCUUCGGGGACCUGACGGCCCGGUACCGCUGGGUGGCCGUUGCUUAUCUGCUGCUGGCCUUCCUGCUGUUGCCCCUGGCCGUGUUUGGGCUCUCCCUGGCAGGGGCCGUCGUGCUGGCGGCGGUGGGGGGGCCCCUGGUGGGCCUGGCGCUGCUCAUCAUCCUGGUGAACGUCCUGCAGGGGCGCCGGCCUUCGUGGCUGCCCCCCUGCCUCCGGUCCUGGGGCUGGCUGCCCCUGUGGCUGCGUUCUCUGGAGCCCUGGGACGGCCUGGUGACCCGCUGCUGCCCCACCGGGGCCUGCAGGCCCCAGGACCCUGCCGUCAAGGAGGCUCACUGCUUCGAGAACCCCGAGGUGCUGGCCUCGCAGCCGCUGUGAGGGUGGGCGGCCCGGGGGCGCGGGCGGCCAGC